AUGAAGGAGCUAACGGACCACAGACUGCCAGGGCGAAGCUGUCCUCCAGCCAUGGCCCUGUGCCUGGCAUCCCUGCUGGUCUUGCUCUCAGCCGGGCAGGGCAGCACGGGGAACCAGGAGCUCUCCGACAUCCACGGCUGCAAGAAGGCCCUGAAUGUGCCUGCGCUGGGGGCACUGCCCGGAGGCGGCUGGGACAACCUGCGCAACGUGGAGCUGGGGCUGGUGCUGGGGCGCAACUACGCGCAGUGCCGCACCACGGAGGACGGCGAGUACCUGAUCCCAGACCAAGUGCGUGUGAUGCCACGGCGUGAGAGCCAGGUGGAGACCCGCGCCGAGCUCAUGGACGAGUGGCUCAGCUACACCGACGCCUGGGCGGCCUCCAUCAACGCCGAGGUCUCCUUCCUCCCCAGCCUCAACGGUAAGUUCUCCAUGGACUUCCAGGAAGUCAGGAAGUACAGCCUGGAGGACGAGACAGUCACGGCCAGGGUGCAGCUCCGCCACAACGUCUACUCUGUGGAGGCAUCGGAGGACCCCGGCUUCCACCCCGACUUCCUGCAGCACCUGCUGAUCCUCAGCGACCACCUGGAGAACAACCAGACCCGGGAGGCCCAGUACCUGGCAGAGAUGCUCGUGUUCAAGUACGGCACGCACGUCCUCACCCGCGUGGAGGCCGGCGCGACCUUGGUGCAGGAGGACCAGAUAAAGCGGGCAUUUGCGGGCAACGAGGCCGGAGACAGGAGCAACAUCACACUGGCCGCCUCAGCCUUGUUUGACGGCCUGAUCAAUGUCGGGGCCUCGGCCUCCUGGCAGGAGCAGCACCAGUUCAUCCAGAACUACGUGCGCAGCGUGGUGGCCUCCAAGACGCGCAGCCACGGCGGGGUGCCCUUCUACCCGGGCAUCACCAUGCAGACGUGGCAGGAGGGCAUCCGCAACCGGCUGGUGGCCAUCAGCAGGUCCGGCCUGCCCCUGCCCGCGCUGCUGGAGCCUGAAGCGCUGCCGGAGCUCCCAGCGCCCGCGGUGCACCGAAUGGCGGCCGCGGUGCGCAGCGCCAUCUACCGGUACUACGCCGUCAACGCGCACCCCGGCUGCCUGCAGCGGGAGGCGCCCGCCUUCAAUCCCAAGGCCAACGUGGACGAUGGCUCCUGCUCCGGGGGCGGCGGCCGAGCCAACUACAGCUUUGGGGGCGUCUUCCAGGAGUGCGAGGCCGUGUCUGGCAAGGACGCGGAUGACCUCUGCCAGAGCUACCGCACCGCCAACCCGCUCACCGGCAACGCCUCUUGCCCGGCCAGCUACGAGGUGAGCGUUCUGAACAGCGAGCUGAAGACAUCCAGCAAGACCCACUCUGUGUGCCACCAGCAGUGCGAGACGUGCUGGCUCUUCUUCUCCUGCUGCCAGCCCGUGUGCACCUUCCGGGAGGAGCGCAGCGUGGUGCGCCUGGCCGCCUCCUGGUGCGCGCCCGCGGAGGCCUCCCUGCCCCCCGCGGUGGGCUUCCUCUUUGGAGGCCUCUAUAGCCCCAACCACCCCAACCCGCUGACGAAAGGCCAGGCCUGCCCCUCCUACUUCUACCCACUGACACUCUUCGGCGACCUCAGGGUGUGUGUCAGCAGCGACUUAGAGAUGGGGAUGGCCCAGGCAGUUCCCUUUGGGGGGUUCUUCAGCUGCCAGGUGGGCAACCCUUUGGCUGGCCUCAUGAAGGGCCAGAGUGCUGGGCUCCUGCAAGAGGUGUUCUACCAGGACACCCCCACAGCCCACCCCAUGAAGUGUCCUGAAGGGUACAGCCAGCACCAGGCUUACCUCAGCGAUGGGUGCCAAAUCCUCUAUUGCCUCAGGGCUGGGACCAUCGUGGACCAGGAGCAGGAAGCUAUCCGCUUGCCCCCAUUCCUUCCCCGCCCCCUCUCGCUCAGCAACAGCAGCUGCUCCCAGAGGCUCUCUUACCUGGUGGACUCCAGUGGUCAGCAGGUCUGGGUGAGGCAGAAAGGCUGCGGCCAUUGGCGGCAGGCCAACAUCCAUGACAAGUCUCUGCCAGCCAGCCUCCUGAACCAGGCUGCCUCUGGGCCCAGUGACGGGGCCAUUGCUGGUGCCUGCCUGGGGACCAUCGUGGGUGUGGUGGCUGUCGCUCUGGGGAUAAGCUAUGCCUUCAGGUACUAUAAGAAAAGGGUCUAUGGAAAAAAACAGGGUAGCAUCCUGACCCAGGAACAGACUGGCUACGGGGCCACUGAAACCACUGAGGUCCCCAGCUCUGUCUGA